AUCGUAGAACAGCCGCAGGAAUCCCAUCACAGCUUCCAAACACACAACCAAAACCUACCUACACAUUGGCCUUCGUCAUGGCUCCCAACCCAGACUUCAUCCUCAAGGAUGUCAACAUCCUCGGCGCCUUGAACGACAAGACCCGCCACAUCCUGAGCAAGGACGCUGCCGUUUUCCUCGCCCUCCUUCACCGCACAUUCAACGAGCGCCGGAAAGCGCUGCUCCAGCGGAGAGUCAUCCGCCAGCAGGAGCUCGACAAGGGCAAUCUGCUCGACUUCCUCCCCGAGACCAAGCACAUCCGUGACGAUGACACCUGGAAGGGUGCUCCUCCGGCCCCCGGUCUGGUAGACAGGCGUGUGGAGAUCACCGGCCCCACGGACAGGAAGAUGGUUGUCAAUGCCUUGAACGCAGAUGUGUGGACCUACAUGGCCGACUUUGAGGAUUCCAGCGCCCCGACCUGGGACAACAUGAUCAAUGGCCAACUCAACCUGUACGAUGCCAUCCGCAGGCAGAUCGACUUCAAGCAGGGCGACAAGGAGUACAAGCUCCGCACCGACCGCACCCUCCCCACGCUGAUUGCCCGUGCCCGUGGCUGGCAUCUCGAGGAGAAGCACUUCACCGUCGACGGCGAGCCCAUUUCCGGCAGUCUCUUCGACUUCGGUCUGUACUUCUUCAACAACGCACACGAGCUCGUCAAGCGCGGCUACGGCCCGUACUUCUACCUGCCCAAGAUGGAGUCGCAUCUGGAGGCCCGUCUCUGGAAUGACGUCUUCAACGUGGCUCAGGACUACAUUGGCAUGAGGCGUGGCACGAUCCGCGCCACUGUCCUCAUCGAGACCAUCACCGCUGCCUUCGAGAUGGACGAGAUCAUCUACGAACUCCGUGACCACUCCUCCGGCCUCAACUGCGGCCGCUGGGACUACAUCUUCAGCACCAUCAAGCGCUUCCGCCAGAACCCCAACUUCGUCCUCCCCGACCGCUCCUCCGUCACCAUGACCGUCCCCUUCAUGGAUGCGUACGUCAAGCUCCUCAUCAAGACCUGCCACAGGCGUGGCGUCCACGCCAUGGGCGGCAUGGCUGCUCAGAUCCCCAUCAAGAACGACGCCGCUGCCAACGACGCGGCCAUGGCCAAUGUCCGCGCCGACAAGCUCCGCGAGGUGCGCGCCGGCCACGACGGCACCUGGGUCGCCCACCCUGCUCUUGCGAAGAUCGCCUCCGACAUCUUCAACGAGUUCAUGCCAACGCCCAACCAGAUGCACGUCCGCCGCGAGGACGUCCACAUCACCGCCAACGACCUUCUCAACAUGAACGUCCCCGGCAAGGUCACCGAGGACGGUAUCCGCAAGAAUCUCGACAUCGGCCUGCAGUACAUGGAGGCCUGGAUCCGCGGCGUCGGCUGCGUGCCCAUCAACUUCCUCAUGGAGGACGCCGCCACCGCCGAGGUGUCCCGGAGCCAGCUCUGGCAGUGGGCGCGCCACCAGGUGCAGACUGCCGAGGGCAAGAGGGUCACCAAGGACUAUGCGCUCAAGCUUUUGCGCGAGCAGGCGCAGAAGCUUGCUCAAAAGGCGCCCAAGGGAAACAAGUUCCACCUUGCUGCCAAGUACUUCGAGGGCCAGGUCACGGGCGAGGAUUAUGCCGAGUUCCUUACUUCGCUGUUGUAUAAUGAGAUUACGAAUGUGGGUGCCCCCAAGAGCGCUUCCAAGUUGUAGAGACAUCCCGGCUCUCCUGUCGUCUGCCUGCCUACCUACCUACCUACCCACCUACGCCUCCACCUCUUCCCGUCUACCUACAUUUCUUCCUUUCUUU